CAAUUCUCAAAGCGACAGCUCCCUCCCUUCCUCAUCAAUCUUCCCUCCUUACUUUAUUCAUUCUUUAAUAUCGCCCAAGAUCUCCCUCCCACCGCCGUAAAUCUUGGUUUCUCCUCCCCUUCCUUCGAUCUCGAUCUCUCUUUUCCGUCCAAUUCCUUCUACGCAGUUUCUGUAGGUAAGGAUUUGUAGAAUUUAUUUUUCUACAGAAACUGUGGAGCUCCUCCCUUUGGAAUUUUGAAGAAUUAUGAAGUGUCAUUCACAAUGAAUGAACUGAGUAUUCCUCUUCUUCGGUUCCUUGCUAGUUCGAGUCUGGAUUCUGGAUAUAUCUUUGGAUGGCUGAUUACAGGGUCUUUUGGACUUUUAGCUAUUGUUUAUGCCUUCCUGAAAUGGCAGAGAUCGAUGUCUCUUAAUUGGCUUAAAGCUGCUUCCCGGGCUAAAAAGCAAGCGUGGAAGAAGCUAAAAGUUCCCCUAUCGCAUCAUACAUGGGUGGAAGAUGUUUCUUCUGGUGGCCUGCCAUCCACAUGCUGUGUGUGCUUAACUUCUCUAGUCUCUCAGAAUAAAGGAGCAAAACCUAUAUCAAGGUCGCCAAUACAUAGAUGUCGUGUUUGUGGUGUGGCAGCUCAUUUUCAUUGUUCUCAGUUUGCAGCAAAAGAUUGUAAAUGUGUUGCACAAGCUGGUUAUGGUAAAGUUCAGCACCACUGGUCAGAGAGAUGGUUUAAUCUUGACGACAAUCCCGAGAUGUCAGCCUUUUGUUUUUACUGUGAUGAACCUUGUGGCAUCCCUUUUAUUGAUGCAUCUCCAGCUUGGUAUUGCUUGUGGUGUCAACGGAUUAUACAUGUUAAGUGCCAAGUGAAAAUGUCCGAGGAAUGUGGCGAUGUUUGUGAUCUAGGUGCUCACAGAAGAAUCAUUCUUUCUCCCCUAUGUGUCAAAGGUGUUGAAACUGAGACAUUGAGUUCCAUUACUGAAGAAAUUAUUGCUUCUACAGUCCGUGGACAAGCCCGAAAAAAGAGGCAUCGGAACAGGCAUGGAAAUCGUGGUAAGCAACCAGAAAAUCCAACUGCCCAAGGAGCAGUUCUUACUGUCCUUAAGGGUCUUGUUGGAAUCCAGACUAUCCAGACUUCUAGCAGUGAAGAUGAUAAUGAUCAUUCUUUGAAUGUUAGCAAGGGUCUUAAUAAGAAAAGCACAACGAAAGCAUCAGCCAAUAAGAAGAAAUCAGUUGAUGCUUGUGACCGAUUAAAAAACUAUACUAUUCUGGAUUUACCUUCAGAUGCAAGGCCUCUUCUGGUCUUCAUUAAUGCCAAAAGUGGAGCACGAAACGGGCCUCUCCUGCACAGAAGGUUGAACAUGCUAUUAAACCCUAUACAGGUAGUUGAACUCGGUUCCUCUCAAGGUCCAGAGGCUGGCUUAGAGCUGUUCAGAAAUUUGCAAUACUUCAGGGUUUUGGUUUGUGGUGGUGAUGGAACAGUUGCUUGGGUCCUUGAUGCAAUAGAGAAGUACAAUUAUGAGUCACCUCCACCAGUUGCAGUUCUGCCUUUAGGAACUGGAAAUGAUUUGUCAAGGGUCCUGCACUGGGGUGGGGGGUUUUCUGUUGUCGAAGGACAAGGUACCUUAAGCACUUUCUUGACCGACGUUGAAAAUGCGGCAGUGACAAUGCUUGAUCGCUGGAAAGUCAACAUAACAGAAGAAAAGUCACCAAGUACCGUAAAAUCAAAGUUCAUGAUGAACUACUUAGGUAUUGGAUGUGAUGCAAAGGUUGCAUAUGAGUUUCAUACAGAUAGGGAAGAAAAUCCAGCAAAGUUUUACAGCCAGUUUUUAAAUAAACUUAGGUAUGCCAAAGAAGGUGCUAGGGAUAUGAUGGGCAGAGCUUGUGCAGACUUGCCAUGGCAAGUCUGGCUUGAAGUUGAUGAGAAAGAUAUUGAGAUACCAAAAGAUGCUGAGGGUUUAAUUGUGCUGAACAUUGGUAGCUAUAUGGGUGGAGUUGACCUUUGGCAAAAUGAUUAUGAAUACGAUGACAAUUUCAAUCACCAGUACAUGCAUGACAAAACGCUUGAAGUUGUCUGUGUUACUGGAUCAUGGCACCUGGGAAAACUUCAGGUUGGACUUUCACAGGCAACUAGGCUAGCACAAGGGAAACUUGUAAGGUUACAUGUGUCCAGUCCUUUUCCUGUACAAAUCGACGGGGAACCUUUUAUUCAGCAACCUGGAUGCUUAGAAAUAACACAUCAUGGACAGGUGUUUAUGCUUCGAAGAGCAUCUGGGGUGGAUGGACCUAGAGGUCAUGCAGCUGCCAUAAUGACGGAGGUGUUGGUGGAUGCAGAAUGUAAGGGAGUUAUAAGCGCCUCGCAGAAGAAGUUACUUCUGCAAGAGAUCGCCCUCCAGCUUUCUUGAUCAUUUUCUCACUGAUCGAUCCUUCACAAUUUUGCCAUCACGACAGUCAGACAGGUAUAGCUGAAGAACAUGGUUCUCGAUUUCUUCUAAUUCUUUGACAAAGUAUAGUUCGAACUACAAGGAGCGUGUAAUAUAGAAGUUUUGUUCGAGGUUAACCCUUUCUUCUAGGAGAUGUUUUGUUUUUUAUCCCCUUAGGAUUUGUCGAAGCAAUGCUUGUUUUCUUCGACUUGAAAUGUAUUUCAGAUGUACUAGAGUAUUAUGAUAGUCAAUAGUAUACAAAGCGAUUUCAAACUUACAA